CAUUCACAAUUUCACAAACCAAUUUUCUUCUUCAAACCCCUAACCCUCUCUCUCUCUCUCUCUCUCUCUCUCUCUCUCUCUCUCUCUCUCUCUCGAUUCAUCCAUGGAGGCUCUCGAUUCCAAUCCACCACCGCUCAACGAUAAUCCACAACACCAAUCCGAAACCCUAAUCCCCCAAAAUGGCAUCAACGGCACCACCACCACCGAUAACAACGAUUCACGUCCACUGAUUCCAAAUCAACUUCUCUCCGAAAACGGUUUAACCGGCGGCAACACCCGAAGCGGAACCGACAAAGAUCAAUCAGGCGGAGAAGAAGAAACAACAAGCAAACGCCGCCGUAGAAGUCGAUGGGACCCACAGCCAGAUUCAAACGAUCAGAACGGCGAAGCCGCCACCGGGACGAAGAAAAGGAAAUCCAGAUGGGCGGAUGACGAACCGAAACCGGUAAUUCAACUUCCUGAUUUCAUGGGUGGUAUUGAAUUUGAUCCUGAAAUUCAAACAUUGAAUAGUAGAUUGCUUGAGAUUAGUAGAAUGUUGCAAUCUGGUUUGCCAUUAGAUGAUCGUCCUGAAGGGGCUAGAUCUCCUUCGCCUGAACCUAUAUAUGAUAAUAUGGGGAUUAGGAUUAAUACUAGAGAGUAUCGUGCUCGUGAGAGGUUUCAGAAAGAGAGACAAGAGAUUAUUUCUCAGAUUAUUAAGAAAAAUCCUGCUUUUAAGCCACCUGCUGAUUAUAGACCACCAAAGCUUCAGAAGAAGCUUUACAUACCGAUGAAAGAGUAUCCGGGUUAUAAUUUUAUUGGGCUUAUAAUUGGGCCAAGGGGGAAUACUCAGAAGAGGAUGGAGAAGGAGACUGGUGCUAAGAUUGUGAUUCGGGGUAAAGGGUCGGUGAAAGAAGGGAGGUUGCAGCAGAAGAGGGAUUUGAAACCGGAUCCGUCGGAGAAUGAGGAUUUGCAUGUUUUGGUUGAGGCGGAUACGGCUGAUGCACUUGAGGCUGCGGCUGGUAUGGUGGAGAAGCUAUUGCAGCCUGUGGAUGAGGUUUUGAAUGAGCAUAAGAGGCAGCAACUUAGGGAGCUUGCAGCUUUGAAUGGGACAAUUAGGGAUGAAGAGUAUUGUAGGUUGUGCGGUGAGCCUGGGCAUCGUCAGUAUGCUUGUCCUACAAGGACUUCGACGUUUAAGAGUGAGGUUGUUUGUAAGCAUUGUGGGGAUGGUGGUCAUCCUAGUAUUGAUUGUCCGGUGAAGGGUGCUACUGGAAAGAAGAUGGAUGAUGAGUAUCAGAAUUUCUUGGCUGAGUUGGGUGGUACAGUUCCUGAAUCUGCGAUUAAGACAACUAGUACUUUGGCAAUUGGUUCGGGCAGUUCUGGAAGCAAUCCUCCUUGGGCUAACAAUUCUGGUUCUGGUGGUAGUACACCACAAGCUGGAUUAGGGGCUGGUGCAGUUAAAAAGGAAAUUGAUGAUACAAAUUUGUACAUUGGGUAUUUGCCACCCACUCUUGAGGAUGAUGGUUUGAUCCAAUUGUUUCAACAAUUUGGUGAGAUUGUUAUGGCAAAAGUUAUUAAGGAUCGAAUAACAGGUUUGAGUAAAGGAUACGGGUUUGUGAAGUAUGCUGAUAUCACAAUGGCAAACAAUGCAAUUGUUGCCAUGAAUGGUUAUCGCCUUGAGGGUCGAACUAUUGCAGUGAGAGUUGCUGGUAAGCCUCCUCAGCCUGUUGUACCUCCAGGCCCACCUGCAUCGGCUGUGCCCACUUAUCCUGUUCAAAGCCAGCCAAUUGGUGCCUAUCCAUCCCAACAAUAUACUGGUGGUGGUCCCAUUGGGAAUGCUCCUCCUGGGAGUUAUGGAGGUACUCCUGUCCCAUGGGGACCUCCUAUUCCUCCUCCCUACAAUCCUUAUGCUCCUCCCCCGCCUGGAUCAACUAUGUAUCCUCCUAUGCAUAGUCAACCUAUGCCUCCAUAUGGUGUUCAAUACCCACCCAUGCCGACAGGUCCCCCUGGUGCCACUCCCCCACCCCCGGCUUCUGGUGAAAUGCAGCAGAAUUAUCCUCCUGGGGUGCAGUCUGAUAAUAAUUCAUCUACUCAGUCUGUACCGACCAACAUGUAUGGUAACACAAUGCCUUCAAUGCCACCAGCAGCUCCACCAACAUAUCCUGCCUCUUAUGGAUAUCCUCCUCCACCUUACUAUAAUGCAGUUCCUCCACCACCUCCCCCUCCUGCCCCUACUUCAGACCAAUCACACAGCAUUGCAAAUGCGCCUUGGGCCAGUAAUCAUUCCGCCCCACCUCCUCUUUCGUCUGCAGAUCAAUCCCAGAGCAUUGGAAAUGUGCCUCCACCUAUGCCUCCUCCUAACUCAUCGGCAGAAAAGACGUCAUAUGGAGCUGAUUCUGAGUAUGAGAAAUUCAUGGCAGAGAUGAAAUGAUUUCGGUUCAUUUUCGUCAUUCUUCGAUGUUCCAAAAGGCCUGAUGUUUCUUGGAGCUCUUGUGAACCUGAUUUCCUAACCGUUUGCCAUGUCUUUCUUGGAAGUUUGGGACUCACUUCUUUAACCUUGCUGUACUGUUAUGAAAUUUGCAGAGAAUUCGGGCUGGAAGCUGAGAAACAAUCUUCAUACAGCUGGAGACAACAUCAAAAACUUAUUAUUGUUAUGAUAAUUAUUAAUCUUUUUUAAUGUGUAGGACUUAAUAGUUUGCAAUAUUUUCUGUGGCAUUUUUGUUGAUUCACACAAUGUCUGGUUGCUAAUGUUUCUUUUUGAAAGCUUGUUUGAACUAUUAUGGCAGCUGGGACCUGGUGUUUUUUGUUUAUGCUCUUCUAUUGUCACUUUCAGUUGAUUUUGUUCAUCUAGAACUGACUCUAACUUAUAGUUUUGGUGAUGAGCUUAAAUAUUUUUGUUUGUUGACUA